GACAUCUGUCAUCAUCAGAUGGGAAAAACAAAGAGAAAGCCUUCAAUCCGUCUCGUAUGGAGCUGCUGUGCUGACAGGAAAAAUCUUCCAUUGCAACAUAAUAACUAUUCUAAAGAAGACGGAAUAUCUCAUCACGGGACUCGGGAGGAAUAAGAAAAUGGUGGCCCUCCAAGAGACAGCGGAACGUUCUGACCGUUGACUUGCUCGCUGAGCUGGCACUAUUAGAGUCCUACUAUGGGCUGCUCACCUUCUCACAAUGGGAUCGUUAAAAUUCUCGCCAAGAACGCAGCCAAACCUUUGAAGAAAAACAAAUCCAUACUUCCACCUGAGGAGCAAAUCGAUGGAAUUACAAUUCCUUUGGGCGGCGAGAAAUUUCCAAGCUGCCACGACCUCAGCGAUGAAAAUAAACAGAAAUCCGGACCGAUAGAUUCAGAUCACCUGGAACGGGGCUUUUCUGAUGGGCCGUCUAGGAGUGGGUCGUUGUCAGAAGACCAAAGGAAGUAUGAAGCCCACGGAACGGCCGAUGAAGGGAUGGUCAAUCUGACAUACCAAAGGAGAAGAAGUGCGAGGAAAUACAGUUCAACCUGCUCAGAGCAAGAGCUGUCUCAAGACGCACAACGAGAGGGCAACCCCAAGAGGGGCAAGAAAUCCAAAAGCCGCAAGUCUGGGAAGCACGGCCGGCACGCAAAGCAGGGUCAGAUCGUUUUCCCUGAACCAGAAAAGAAAGUUGACUUCCCAGAACUCCUCGUCAAGGCUCACCAGGACGCCUACGCUUUCUUGAACCCCAACCUGUCAAAAUAUGAAGGUAUCAUUUCCAUGGCCAACCAGGCAACCCAGACCCAGCUUAUCAUGCAGCAGAUGGUCAGUUUCAUGGCACUGAGAUUUGAUGAGAUCAACCAGUGUUUGGGAGAAAUUGUGGAAGAUGGGGAAAAACUGUUGAAAGAUGUGGGGGGCAACCUCACCUGGCCAAGCGCAAAAGACAACCUUACAGAACAUCCGGACCUACUGCAACAGCUGCUCCAGUAUACAGUAAACAGAAUGCAGGCUGUCAAUGGCACCGUUGCAUCCUUAUCCACCAACGCCUUGCAGGAGACCUGUCUUUUGUUACAGUCUGCUGUGGACAGUUUUCAGGAAAAGCUAAAGAAGAAGGAGCACCAUGACGAACGCCUUCUAAAGAUGAUCAAGGCACUGGAGGACUCCACAACUGGUUCUACACAGCCCCGUCCAAAUGAUAUGACCCUUUAUUCCGAGGACAGUGGAUUCGGGGGUGAUGGGGAAUCUAUCAGAGGAUACAGAUCUCCGGGAAAGACAGAAAGCCGAGCAAGCAUUGCCACAUCUGGAUGUAUAAGUUUGGAAAAAAGUGAAGGAACCCUAUCGAAGGGAGGGUCAACCAACAUGGACGAUUCUCCAAAACAAGUGGACACUUCAAGAGUUUCCAAACAAAUCAGCAUCACCAGUAAUAAUUCAGCGGGCUCUCUUGGGACCUGUGCAACUCUAGAACAAGAGAGCGUCCUUAGUCAAGACCCAGAAGAUUCAAGCAGCAGCGAGGACAGCUAUGAAGAAAGCGAUGAUAACAAAAGUUUAUCGAGUCUGAUUACCUUACCGCCAAGGCCUCUCACCUCUCCAGCAGGAACAUGUGCUUUUAGACACUCACCUAAAUGGGUAGAAAACCCAGAAAAUGAAGAAAUGUCUCUGAAAAUGAAAGAAGCCAUCAGUGAAAAAAUCAAGUUUGUCCCUGGCAAGUCCAACAGUGACGUGUGGACAAGAGAGGAGAUAAGCCCAGAGCCGGUGAGGCCUAGUUCAGCAGAUGGAAGCAACAGGAGAGCUGCUCGGCACAGAAGGUCCAGGUCUGCAGAGUCACUGAAGAGCCAGGGUGAAGAUCCUACUCUUUUGGAACUUCAGAGGACUCAAAAAGAACUCACCAAAAAGUUGGAACAGCUGUAUUUACCAAAUGGAACUAGAAACAAAAAAGCACCGCAGAACCGCAGUAGUAGAUCCUUCGGGCAUACAGGAUGCAUCAGUGCUGCUUCAACCAACAAAUUAAAGGCCUGCCUCGAUAAGAGGUUUAAUAUAUUGCCUAGUCAGGAAUUAAUUCCAAUAAGGAAACCUAAUAUUGAUGUAGCAAUGUACCCGAAUACUAACCAAGACAGUCAUAUAAAAAGCACACCACUGCCGAAACAGGAUACAAAGAUUAUAGACAAUCCUACCAUCGUAGAGCAAAGGCUGGAAGGUAUUAUUUCUCCGCGGCAGUCGGUGCGCAAACUUAUUCAAGCUUUUAGCCCAGAAGACAAUCCAUUGAAAAACCUAAGUCGUAAAACAUUGGGACCGCUUAGAUGUGUUCGAAAAGUUGGAGUACCCGUCCUACCACCCACCAUUCCUGCCUGUAAAGGAUUACUGGAUUUAGAUAACAUCAGUGAUAAUUUGUCAACCGUUGAUGAGAAUCCUUCAAAUUCAAGUCCAAACAUCAUAGAAGGUUUAUUUAUGACUUCUUUGGGGUCUUCAGCAGCUCAGGAGUUACACAGGACUUACACCAAUGAAUGUGGGAUUGAAGACCCAGAGAACCUGCCUCCGCCUCCUCUCGAAAUCCUGAUGGAUGAUUCUUUCAGUUCACUUCAGUGUGAUGACCCUUACCGUAACAACUUACCUUGUCUAAUGAGGAAUGCCUCCACAGCUUCAAAAAUUAAAACAUCUAUGAACAUAAAAGACUUGUUACCAAAUAAAAAUAGUACUGAAUCAUUUAUGCCCACCUUCAAGACUUCUGGUAGAAAAGAGCCAGUCACUGGACUUAGAAAAUUCUCGGUGCCGUCCGAUCAACACAACAGAGUAAAAGACCCAGGACUAGACCCUAUGUGGAAAAAUGAAUUUGAGGACGUUGCACAUUUAUACAGGCAGUCACAUAAAAUAAUUCCUUUACAGAACCCAGGUGGGGGUGAAACGUUGAAGUCAAUCCCUCAUAUUGAUUCUGUGGAGCAAAGUACUUUACCUAAGCAAAAGCAAUGUUCUCCUGUGUUACAACGGAGUGAAAAGAGUGCAGCAACGCAGAGAAGAACUUCCCCGACUAGAGCAACAGCCUCUUCCCCAACAAAAACAACAGCCUCUUCCCAGACAAGAGCAACAGCCUCUUCCCCAACAAAAACAACGGCCUCUUCCCAGACAAGAGCAACAGCCUCUUCCCCAACAAAAACAACAGCCUCUUCACAGACAAGAGCAACAGCCUCCUCCCCAACAAAAACAACAGCCUCUUCCCCAACGAGAGCAACAGCCUCCUCCCCAACGAGAGCAACAGCCUCUUCCCCAACGAGAGCAACAGCCUCUUCCCCAACAAGAGCAACAGCCUCUUCCCCACCAAUAGAGAGAAAAACAGCAAGCCCUCCAACUGGCCAAGCUAUAAUUAAAACUCGCUCCCAGGUACAUCCUAGUCCUCCGCCAGUUCAGAAAAGCACCAGUCCUUCAUAUUCUUCCAGAGCACCAAGCCCUCCAAAUCAAUCCAAGCUGUCUAGUCCUCCAACCCUGCGCAAGUUAACAAGCCCUCCUCAGAUAAGGAGACAACAAAGUCCACCAAGUCAUCAAAGAAUGCCAAGUCCCCCUCAGAUACAGAGACAACAAAGCCCACCAAGUCAUCAAAGAAUGCCAAGCCCCCCUCAGAUACGGAGACAACAAAGUCCACCAAGUCAUCAAAGAACACCAAGCCCCCCUCAAAUACGACAACAACAAAGUCCACCAAGUCAGCGUAGGCUGCCAAGUCCUCCUCAGAUACGGAGACAACAAAGUCCACCAGGUCAGCCCAGGCUGCCAGGCCCCCCUCAAACACAAAAGCAACAAAGUCCACCAAGCCAACCUAGAGUGGCGAGCCCACCAAGCAGUCGACGUGAACCAAGUCCCCCUUCACAUUUCACACCUUCUCCCCCACUUUCUCCAUCCUUUACACAUGGGGGGUUAAGACGUAGCUCAGAUGAGUCACAGGCUUCCUCAAAAAUGUUUGGCAAUGCACAAUCAAUAUUUUGUCCAUCGUCUUCCUCCUUAUUUGAAACAAAACCUGCUCCUCCACCGUGCACAAGUAGUCCAGAAACUGCACCCAACCAAGCUUCAGUUUCUGUACUGAAACACAAUUUAUCGGGACGCCAGUAUGAUGACCGGCGCAGAAGUCUUGCAACAAGUGCAGCAAAUCCCCAACCUUUCGUUCGAAGAUGUUUUUCAGACCGCAGGCCGAGAGUCCAGCUACGUCUCCCAACGUCGAUCUCUACCUCUGCACUCAGUGAACCUGCUCUCCAGCAAACAGGGCCUGACGAAGCUGCGCGGAAAGACGGCCAAUCACGGACCAGUCCAGGCUUAACGGAUCCCAAAACUUCCAACCAGAAUUCCGCCCCUCCCGGGCUGUGUGUGGUGGGACAAGGCCUUCAGUGACGCCCCCUCUGGGCUGUGUGUGGUGGGACAAGGCCUUCAGUGCUGCCCCCUCUGGGCUGUGUGUGGUGGGACAAGGCCUUCAGUGAUGCCCCUUCCGGGCUGUGUGUGGUGGGACAAGGCCUUCAAUGACGCCCCCUCUGGGCUGUGUGUGGUGGGACAAGGCCUUCAGAGACGCCCCCUCUGGGCUGUGUGGGGUGGGACAAGGCCUUCAGUGACGCCCCCUCUGGGCUGUGUGUGGUGGGACAAGGCCUUCAAUGA